GUCGACAAAAAAAAUAUUACGACGCUAGGAUAAAGCCUGAAGAAUUUAAAAUCAGAGAUCAAGUUUUGCUAUAUGAAUCUGCGAAAGAGAAAGAAAAUCUUGAAGAAUUUGAUAAAUACAGAUCAAUUAAAGAAAUAUUAUAG